UGAAGGCUGCAUGGUGGUUUCAGAAACUGCUUCCUUAAUUUGAGACAAGAACAAUGGUAGGAAAGGCUAGAUCUUCCAAUUUUACCUUAUCUGAAAAGCUUGAUUUGCUAAAACUUGUGAAGCCAUAUGUGAAAAUCCUCGAAGAACACACUAAUAAGCAUUCAGUGAUAGUGGAAAAGAAUAGAUGUUGGGAUAUCAUAGCAGUUAACUAUAAUGCAAUUGGAGUAGACCGCCCUCCUCGAACAGCGCAGGGCCUGCGCACCCUUUACAAAAGGCUCAAAGAAUAUGCCAAACAGGAGCUAUUGCAGCAAAAAGAUACCCAAUCAGAUUUAAAAAGCAGUAUUUCUGAGCCAACCAAGAAAGUUAUGGAGAUGAUUCCCCAGAUUUCCAGUCUUUGCCUGGUAAGAGACAGGAACCACAUACAAAGUGCAAACUUGGCUGAGGAGGCACAGGCUGGUACCAGUUCACUACAGGUAAUGUUGGAUCAGCAUCCAGUUGCUAUUACAGUGGAGGUGAAGCAAGAAGAAGACAUUAAGCCCCCUCCUCCACUGGUUUUAAAUUCGGAACAGAGUUAUACUUUAGAGCAAAGAGAAGAACAUGAAUUAGUACAUGUUAUGGACAGAUCUGUGUCGCCGUCACUUUCCUCUGUUGACAUGAGAAUGACAUCAUCUCCAUCUUCCAUCCCAAGGAGAGAUGACUUUUUUCAUCAUGAGUGUGGGGGACACUUUAGGUCACAAUUAGGGUAUGAUCCUCAGAUUCUGCAAAUGCUGAAAGAGGAGCAUCAGAUAAUUUUAGAAAAUCAAAAAAAUUUUGGAUUAUAUGUUCAGGAGAAGAGGGAUGGAUUGAAAAGAAGGCAGCAGCUAGAAGAAGAGCUGCUACAAGCAAAAAUUGAAGUGGAGAAGCUGAAAGCAAUUCGCUUACGGCAUGAUCUGCCUGAAUAUAAUAGUUUCUAAAUAUUUUUCAGUUUCACAAUAUGAUAAUUUUAAUUUUGGCCAAGUUACUUUAUCUUGGGAAUGUCUUAAAGCAGAAUAUGUAUUAUAAUGUAUCGUUAAUCUCUAUUAUGAAAACAACUUUUGACAUUUUUUAAAUAAUUUAAUUAUCUUUUGAUAUAUAUUAUAAUUUUUUGAUUGUAUGGCAUGGUUUUAUUUUUUUGUCUCCUCUGUUUUUUUUUUCUAAUAAGUUUAAUUGUUGACUUACAAAAGAUGUUAUAUUUUGAUCAUUAAAAUAUAACACACAUAAUUAUAUACACAAACACAUAAGUAGUCUUUCAAAGCUCUAUCUUCAACAUUUUAAACCAGAGCUUUGAAAAGCUGUAGUUCAAGGUUUUUAAUUCAGUCUAAUUUAGAACCAAUACUAGCCCAAUAACAGGAAGCUUGUGUUUAUGACAUUGAUUUUUAUGCUUUCAUUUUUUGAAGGAGUAAGUCCUAUGACUUUAGUGAUGGAAAGUAUUUGGAGAUCACUUUUUACCCCCUUUUCAAUUUAGAAGCUAAUAAAACAGGUCCAGAAAGAACUCAAUGACUUACUUGAUAUAACAAAGCUAUUUAUGGCAGAGCAAGGACCAGCACUGCGUUUUUGUUUGUAAUUUCCCCCCCUACUAUUCCAUAGAAAUAAAGAUUCAUUAAAGCUAACCUCCAUAUUAAAAAAAUUGGAGGUGCUUAUUUUAUUAAAAUAGUUUUUAAAGAUUGGGAGGUUAUGAAAUCAGGGGAAUUGUAUCAAUUAUCCCCAUCCCCCACCCACCUUUUUUUUUUUUUUUGCCAGAAAAAUAAGAUAAUCUCUUGGAGUUAUUAUAUAUCUUGGCUGUAAGAUUUAAUGUUUUAAUUCACUUUUAACGUCUUAUUCUGGAAAAGAUUUCACAGUAAAAAUUUUAAUGAACAAAAUUAAAAUUUUACAUAGAUUAGAAGUAGCAAAAGUAUGUUUAUAGUUUAUGAUAUAAUCUGUAAUGUUUUUUUU